CGCCCCUCCCCACCUGAAGCGUCGAGGAGGUUGGGGCGCUCUGGCGGGAUUUUCUGGUAACAGUACCACGGUACUAGUAUGUUGGUACGGAAAAUGCGUAGGAUCAUCAGACAAUAGUAGGAAUGCGGCCCUCAGUACCCUUAUAAUUCAGAGAGCUCUAAAGAGAUCCUGUGAGAUUAGUUUAUUAUGUCUUUGGAACUUGGCUUGUAGCCUCUGCUUCUAACUCUGUAGUCGUCAAAGUAGCUUCGUCAGUAGAACAGUGUUCCUCUUUGGAGCUGAGCCUGUGGCUGUGCCUUGCUGCAAGAUAGCUUCACCAGCAUAUGCGGGCAUUGUCCUCACUGGAAAUAAGGAUCUCCCUUCACUUGGAAGUCAACAGUCCAGGCGCGUAAGCAAUGUGUUUGCUAAUGUUUGUGGCUGUGGUAGCCGGCAUUUAUGCGCCGAUGGUCGCUCAAUCAACACAGCUUGGAGAUAUUAAGCUUGUGAGUCCCUACUACUGUCACCAAACCAACACAGUCCUCCGACGCACGCCUCUGCUGACGUACUUGAAUUUUGCAGAUGCUACGACAUUGUGUAGUAUUAACCAUGGACACAUGGCUACUUUUGUUGCUUACAAGGCUGGUUGCGUGUCCGCUGCGCUCGAAGAGAGAAUGAUAGCCUGGUUGAACAAGGAUGGUGACCCAGGAGUGGCCUUAGUGGCUGAUACUUCACCGAUAACUUCAACACGUGAAAAGAAACAAGUACUUUAUGCCAUGUGUGAGACAAACUGCACGCGUCAACUUGGCGAUCAUAUUGUGGAUGUAUCUAGCAAUGGUAACGUCACAUGUGACAUUGGCUAUGAAUAUCUGGAUAAUCAGCCGGUAUGCAAUGGUACUACAACAAUUGAAAUGUGUACUGCUGUCAACUGCACUGUACCAGUGAUUUUGAGUGGAACUGCAAAUGCUAGUGUCAUCCACUUUGGCCAGAAGGUCAGAUACGCCUGCACAUCGGGGUUGCUGCUCAUAGGUGAUGCAACGCCGGCAUGUACACCCAGAAGAACUCUUACAUCGGUACCAUUUUGUCAAAAUGGUGAUUGUGCGGUUCAUCCCGUGACCAAUGGCAAGAGCAGUGUCAUAGGUGGAAUUCUAGAGGGACAAAAGGUCAACUUUACGUGUGAUCGUGGAUUUAGCCUGGUUGGAAAAGCAGAGUCAACAUGUGCAGCGGACGGAACAAUUACCGCACCUACUUGCCUGGAUGUCGACGAAUGUUCGCACACAAUCACUCCUGUUUGUGGCACCAAGAUCAAGUGUCGUAAUACUAUUGGCAGCUAUGUAUGUUACUGCGACCCUGGAUACAUUGUCGAGAAUCAUGAUUGUGUCCCCGACAACUGCAGUGUCCCAGUUGUUGCCAACGCAGCCACGGUAGUAUCAGUUAUAAAACAUCUUGAAUCUGUGACGUACACAUGUAACAGUGGCUAUUGGAUGCUCGGACAGGCAACCACGACGUGCAAUGUUUCCAUAACGGCCUUGCCUGAAUGCUAUCAGGACACGGGUCUGACAGGUUAUCAGUAUUGCAGUAUCACCGAUUCAAUUUUAAGGAGAACAGCGGUCGGCACACGGUACAAUUACACAACUAGCCAUGCAUAUUGCAAGUUGAAGAACGGAAGGCUUCUUACUGCAGCCGCAUAUACUGGGAAUUGCGUAGGAAAUCUAGCUACGUCACAACUGAUAUCAUGGGUUGAUGAGCUGGAGCCCAAUGAUCGAAAUGUUGCUUAUGUCACAGACGGGACACGUACCCUUGAUACCCUUGUCUACGCUAUAUGCGAAUUUGAUUGCAACAGACAAGCGAGUGAUCAGAUUUGGAAUAUAUCGGCCGAUGGUAUAGUUCAAUGCAACAAUGGAUAUGAGUAUCUAGGUAAUCAACCAGUGUGCUACGGCAGUACUCAGGCCUCUACAUGCACACCUGUCAAGUGUACAGUACCUAAUAUCCCAGAUGGGCUGAAAAGUGCAGCACAGAUAUCUUUCCAGGAAACAGUCACAUACUCAUGCAAAGUUAACUAUGUGCUUGAUGGAGAUGCCAAACCGACCUGCCAGGCUGAUCGCUCAUUGACAACACCCACCUGCAAAAGGUGGGUGUUUCAGGCGGGUUAUUCCGUCCUGGGCAUUGAAUGGGCUCAUGUUCUUGCAUUUGUUUCCGUUGCUGUGCAUGACGAUUUUGCCUCGUUUUAUUGCAAUAGAACUGCAAGUGAUCAUAUUUGGAAUAUAUCAGCCGAUGGAAUGGUUCAAUGCAACAGUGGAUAUGAGUAUCUAGGUAAUCAACCAGUGUGCAACGGCAGUAAUCAGGCUCCUACAUGCACACCUGUCAAGUGUACAGUACCUAAUAUCCCAGAUGGGCAGAAAAAUGCAGCACAGAUAUCUUUCCAGGAAACAGUCACAUACUCAUGCAAAGUUAACUAUGUGCUUGAUGGAGAUGCCAACCCGACCUGCCAGGCUGAUCGCUCAUUGACAACACCCACCUGCAAAAAGGAUACAGGUCUAACAGGUUAUCGGUAUUGCAGUACCACCAAUUCAAUUUUAAAAAGAACAGCGCUGGGCACACAUUUCAAGUUCAAAACUAGCCAAGCUUAUUGCAAAUUGAAGAAUGGAAGGCUUCUUACUGCAAAUUCCUUUAAUGGGAUGUGCGUAGGAAUUUUAUCUUCGUCUAAACUGAUCGCAUGGGUUGAUGCACUACCUCAACCAAAUUUUGCUUUAGCCACAAACGGGAAUCGACACAUUUUAAGGGAAGCCUAUGCCAUAUGCGAAUUUGAUUGCAAUAGAACUGCAAGUGAUCAUAUUUGGAAUAUAUCAGCCGAUGGAAUGGUUCAAUGCAACAGUGGAUAUGAGUAUCUAGGUAAUCAACCAGUGUGCAACGGCAGUAAUCAGGCUCCUACAUGCACACCUGUCAAGUGUACAGUACCUAAUAUCCGAGACGGGCUGAAAAAUGCAGCACAGAUAUCUUUCCAGGAAACAGUCACAUACUCAUGCAAAGUUAACUAUGUGCUUGAUGGAGAUGCCAACCCGACCUGCCAGGCUGAUCGCUCAUUGACAACACCCACCUGCAAAGAGGAUACAGGUCUAACAGGUUAUCGGUAUUGCAGUACCACCAAUUCAAUUUUAAAAAGAACAGCGCUGGGCACACAUUUCAAGUUCAAAACUAGCCAAGCUUAUUGCAAAUUGAAGAAUGGAAGGCUUCUUACUGCAAAUUCCUUUAAUGGGAUGUGCGUAGGAAUUUUAUCUUCGUCUAAACUGAUCGCAUGGGUUGAUGCACUACCUCAACCAAAUUUUGCUUUAGCCACAAACGGGAAUCGACACAUUUUAAGGGAAGCCUAUGCCAUAUGCGAAUUUGAUUGCAAUAGAACUGCAAGUGAUCAUAUUUGGAAGAUAUCAGCCAGUGGUAUGGUUCAAUGCAACAAUGGAUAUGAGUAUCUAGGUAAUCAAUCAGUGUGCAACGGCAGUAAUCAGGCCCCUACAUGCACACCUGUCAACUGCACUGUACCAGGUAUUUUGAAUGGAACUGUAAAUGCUAGUGUCAUCCACUUUGGCCAGAAGGUCAGAUACGCCUGCACAUCGGGGUUGCUGCUCAUAGGUGAUGCAAUGCCGGCAUGUACACCCAGUAGGACUCUUACAUCGGUACCAUUUUGUCAAAAUGGUGAUUGUGCGGUUCAUCCCGUGACCAAUGGCAAGAGCAGUGUCAUAGGUGGAAUUCUAGAGGGACAAAAGGUCAACUUUACGUGUAAUCGUGGAUUUAGCCUGGUUGGAAAAGCAGAGUCAACAUGUGCAGCGGACGGAACAAUUACCGCACCUACUUGCCUGGAUGUCGACGAAUGUUCGAAAACAAUCACUCCCGUUUGUGGCCCCACGGUCAAGUGUCGUAAUACUAUUGGCAGCUAUGUAUGUUACUGCGACCCUGGAUACAUUGUGGAGAAUAAUGAUUGUGUCCCCCACAACUGCAGUGUCCCAGUUGUUGCCAACGCAGGCACUGUAGUAUCAGUUAUAAAACAUCUUGAAUCUGUGACGUACACAUGUAACAGUGGCUAUUGGAUGCUCGGACAGGCAACCACGACGUGCAAUGUUUCCAUAACGGCCUUGCCUGAAUGCUAUCAGGACACAGGUCUGACAGGUUAUCAGUAUUGCAGUAUCACCAAUUCAAUUUUAAGGAGAACAGCGGUCGACACAGUGUACAAUUACACAACUAGCCAUGCAUAUUGCCAGUUGAAGAACGGAAGGCUUCUUACUGCAGCCGCAUAUAAUGGGAACUGCGUAGGAACUCUAGCUACGUCACUACUGAUAUCAUGGGUUGAUGAGCUGGAGCCCAAUAAUCCAAGUGUUGCUUAUGUCACAGGCGGGACACGUUCCCUUGAUCAAGACGUCUACGCUAUAUGCGAAUUUGAUUGCAAUAGAACUGCAAGUGAUCAUAUUUGGAAUAUAUCAGCCAGUGGUAUGGUUCAAUGCAACAAUGGAUAUGAGUAUCUAGGUAAUCAACCGGUGUGCAACGGCAGUAAUCAGGCUCCUACAUGCACACGUAAGCUAUUUGUCUAA